CUUGUUUUCUGCUAAUUUGAAAGGAACUGUUUGACAAUAAUUAUUUUUUUCAUUGAAUCUUCAAAAAAAUGCACUCAUGAAAUAUGGCACAAACAACCGAACCCAGUGAUUUCACGCAUUCUAUCGAAUCCGAAAGACCAAACUUGGUGGUUGCCGAGGAACGGAUCAAGAAGGCAGAGGAUCUUUUGUGCGAGAAAUUAAAUUUGAGCAAGCUAAGAUUGGUUGAAAUACCGGUAUCAGUUUUGGAUCUAACUCACAUCAGAGUAAUUGAAUUCUUCAUUUAGUCACUCUUCUAGAAGCUGUAUCUUGCUCAGAAUAUGCUGUUUCAAAUACCGGACUGUAUUUUUACACAUUUGUCUCGCCUAACUUGGCUAGAUCUCCGUGCAAAUCUUCUGUCUUGCCUACCAAAGUCGAUAAAAUGUUUGAGUUCUUUACGAGUUCUCCUAAUAGAUGAUAACAGGAUCAGAGUGCUGCCUUUUGAGUUGGGUAAAUUUCUGUUCAUAGACUUUGAAAUUGCUUGCAGGUCUAUUGAAAAGGUUAAAAUCCCUACACAUAAGGAAUAACCCAAUUGAAUUUCCACCGAAGCAAAUAGUUGAAAGCGGGGCGAAAACUCUGAUGCGUUUUUUGCUGGACUGCUACCUAUCAAGAGAAUUUCCGUGCACGCAGAAAGGACAAACUUCGCACAGAGGAAUCGCUGAUGAACAAGAUCGGCCGAACUCAAACUUCAAUUUCUACGAAACAGUCUUGGAUUCCACCAAUGGAGACAGUGCCGCUUCAAAGAACCUGGAUGAUUCUGUAGACAAAAUUGAUGGAGUGAAACAAUUUGCUUUGAACGCAGACAAUGAAGUCGGUUCCAAGGAUAAGCAGAACGUGGAGGAUGGUUCUAAAAAUAUGGUUUUACGUGAAGGCGACGAAAGGAACGAAGAAUCAUUUGGGUCGACUGGAUGUGGUGAUGCUAACUGUCUGGCCAAACUUAUGACCGACCUGAACUUGGAAGGCCAAAAAAACGUGACAACAGAAGAUGAUUCGGAUCCACCCCCAAAUCCUUUGGAAUCAAAGUCACACGUGUAUCGAAAAGUAGAAAGCGCGUAUUUUCGCAGUAGAAGAACAAGAAAACCGAUUGGGAAAAAUGCAUUCGCUGUCUAUCCUUCGCAGUCGGCCAGACACGAAGCAUUGCUCCCGGAUGAACCAUCCAUGCCGUCACUCAAGCAAAUUCGGACACGCCACAUGGAUGAAAAGAAAAGGAAAUUUCGUCAAAAGAUUCUGGCAACGCGCCAAACCGCAGUUCAAAAAUUAAAAGACGCAGAAAGGAUUCGAUCCUGGAGACAAGAGUAUCUAGACAAACAAAGACAAAAGAUUUGGGAGUAUUUACAGAAGAAUGAACAAGAAAUUAAGAACGAAUCGUCCAUUCGUAUGUUAAGCGCUCCGUUUGAUGUUGGUGAGGCGGAUUUAAAAGUGAUUGGUUCGAAUGAUCUGCAUACAAUUCGUCAGAAAACCAUUCGACCCUCCCCAAAGCCGGAACCACUUGACCCUCAUGUAACGUUACAAUUAGAAAUGGCCAGGCAAGUUUGGCUGCGUUUGUUUGAUAAUUUUAUGCAUCUGACAAGAGGUAUGGAAAAUGUGGAGCGGGACAAAAGACUUGCAAAGCAAGUGAAAGAACACACAGAAACUGUUGCGGAACGGUUUAUUGCUCCCUUCCCAAAAUCCAAAGAGGCUGUACACAACGAGUUACUGGGAGCCAAGCGAGAUCUGGACCGAGCAAUCAGAUUACAUCAACGUGUGCGACAGCGUCUGGAAACCCUUCAUCAUUUUCAUGGAUCAAAUAGACGUGAUUUAUGGUGACAGAAAAAGACACAUUGUGUACCUACAUUCUUUUGAGUUUAGUUCAUGUACAAAUCCGAAGUGCACCUAUUUUCCUUCACAUGGCUCAC